GGUUGUAACUGACCGAACCACUCGUUCAUCCAGUAGGGAGGCGGACACACGCAUUUCCAUCAUUUACUACGCUGUCAACCAGUCACACUCAGCGACAAGCCCUCCCAUUUAUUGUUCGUGUCCGGCUUUUUAAAUGAGCAACCGUAACCUUGAGAAAACACGACAUAACUCAUACAACCACCCCUUCCUCUCCAGUCUCUGUGACCGAGAGAGGCAUUCAAGACACGGGCCGUCGUCUUUGGCAGUUGGUUUCACAGCGAACGUUAGCGGCUAGCAGGCUAAUGUGAGCAGGUUUGUCUGUAGUGAAUGGACAUAAUGAUGACAAAGGAUCUGAAUUUCAGCUACAAACCUCCUUUGAUGAAAAUACACCAUUGACACAGAAGGGAACAUAUAUCCUGGAUGUCUUGACAUACAGGAUUUUAAUAUUCCAAAAUGGAGAAAAAGAAAAUAUGCCCACGUCUUCUUGACUACUUAGUGGUUGUUGGAGCAAGGCAACCAAGUAGUGACAGUGUGGCCCAGACUCCACAGCUUCUCCGACGCUAUCCCCUGGAGGAUCACCACGACUUCCCGCUCCCGCCGGAUGUGGUGUUCUUCUGCCAACCAGAGGGCUGCUUGAGCAUCCGCCAGCGCCGGGUCAGCCUGCGUGAUGACUCCUCGUUUGUUUUCACGCUGACCGACAAGGACUCUGGAAUCACCCGCUAUGGAAUCUGUGUCAACUUCUAUCGAUCUUUUCAGCGCGGGCAUCACCGCCCUCGCGACAAGAGUAGCCAUACAGAAACUGCAGCGCAGGCAGUGGAGAGUACUAAUGAAGCAUCUGAUGGAGGCGGUGGAGGCCAUGUUGCUGCAUCAUCCGCUCCUGACAACUCCAAGUCUGAAGCCCCAUCUUCAUCUGGAGAAGAGAGUGGGCAACCAGGUCCUGAGCAAACCCCUGGCAAGUCUCCACAGCACAAACGCAGAGCUGCCAAGAUGGCUGCCAGGAACCGCAACAGUACACUGACCUCGCUGUGCAUACUCAGCCACUACCCCUUCUUUACCACUUUUAGAGAAUGCUUAUAUAUUCUCAAGAGGCUGGUGGACUGCUGCAGUCAGAGGCUAACCCAACGAGCGGGACUCUCUCGUGCCACCCAAAGGGACACCAUGUGGCGGGUGUUCACCGGAGCGCUCUCUGUGGAAGAGAAGGGCAGUCAGCUGCUGGUCGACCUACGGGAUAUCGAGUCCUGGGUGUACCGACUGCUGCGCUCCCCGGUGCCACUGGCAGGUCAGAGGCGCGUGGAUGUGGAGGUGCUGCCCCAGGAACUGAAACGGCCACUCACCUUCGCCUUGCCUGACAACUCUCGUUUCUCCUUGGUUGAUUUCCCGUUGCACCUGCCCUUGGAGUUGCUUGGUGUUGACGCCUGUCUUCAGGUCCUCAGCUGUGUCUUGUUGGAGCACAAGGUCAUUCUUCAGUCACGUGAUUACAAUGCUUUGUCCAUGAGUGUCAUGGCCUUUGUUGCUAUGAUCUACCCCCUGGAGUACAUGUUCCCCGUUAUCCCGUUGCUCCCUACAUGUAUGGCUUCUGCUGAGCAGCUUCUUCUCGCUCCCACUCCCUACAUUAUUGGUGUUCCAGCCAGCUUCUUCCUCUACAAAUCGGAUUUCAAAAUGCCAGACGAUGUUUGGCUUGUUGACCUUGACAGCAGUAAGGUUAUAGCACCCACUAAUGCAGAGAAUCUGCCCCCUCUGCCAGAGCCUGAAGCAGGGGAGCUAAAGAAGCAUCUAAAACAGUGUCUGGUUAGAUUGACCGUGAUCACCCAAAAGCAGAUCUUCUCCUCUGAAAAUAAGGCAUUGGCAAGCAUGAGUUUGAACACACAACCUAUUCUGAACCUGGAGAAGUUCCAGGAAGGCCAGGAGAUGACCCUGCUCCCUCCAGGACGAGACAAGGCUUCGCCAUCCUCCACUGAGUUCAACCCUCUGAUAUACGGCAAUGAUGUUGAUUCCGUUGAUGUGGCCACCAGGGUUGCCAUGGUGCGAUUCUUCAACUCUCCCAAUGUCCUCCAGGGCUUCCAAAUGCACACGCGUACUUUGCGGCUCUUUCCGCGACCAGUGGUCGCUUUUCAGUCUUCGUCUUUUCUUGCGUCUCGCCCACGCCGCUCCUGCUUUGCCGAUAAACUGUCCCACACCCAGGCGGUAGAAUUCUAUGGAGAGUGGGCACUCAAUCCCACCAACCUUGCUUUUCAGAGAAUACACAACAAUGUAUAUGAUCCAUCUUUAAUUGGAGACAAGUCAAAAUGGUAUGCGCAUCAGCUGCAGCCAGUGGUCUACAGAGUCUAUGAUGGAAGCUCCCUGCUGGUGGAAGCUAUGGCUGGUCCACUGGAAGAUGAAGGCAAUGAGUCUGAUCCUACAGACAGUGGUAGUGACAGUGAUGGAUAUGACACCUCCAGCUCUUCCUAUUCUUCACUUGGGGACUUAGUGAGCGAGAUGAUUCAAGGCGACAUCCAGGGGGAUACACCAAGUUUGGAUCCUCCAACUCAUGCUGCACUAGGCGAUGCCAGCGAGGUUGAGUUUCAAGACUUACACGAUUUAAAGGAUAGCCAUAGUGUGGAUGGUCCUUCUAGUGGGGAAGGAGCUGCUGAACAGUCAGACGGACAGCCUCUUCGUUCAAGCUCCAGCACAACUGCAAGCUCAAGCCCUAGCACAAUCGUCCAAGGAGUCAACCAUGAACAAGUUGAAGCACCUGAGAUUGAAGCAUCAGCAAGCGCCGCUUUGCAGAACCCAGUCCCUGGAAUCGGCAGUCAGCCGUUUCUCAGACCAGCAGCAGAUUCUGGUCUGGUGGAUUCUGUCAACAAAAAGCAAGAGUAUGACAACCCAUACUUUGAACCUCAGUAUGGCUUCCCCACUGAGGAAGAUGCGGAAGAAGAGCAAGUGGAAUCCUACACCCCUCGGUUCAACCAGAACCUCAAUGGCAACAAGGCUCAGCGGCCUUUACGUCCCAGCAGCCUGAGGCUCCCAGGAGAGUCUGAUGGAGAGGGAGACUCACGAAACAGCUCCCCCAAUUCCACCAUCUCCAACAGCAGCAAUGAUGGAUUUGGUGGACUUAUGUCUUUUGCCAGUAAUCUUUACAAGAACCACGGCACCAGCUUCAGCCUGUCCAAUCUGGCCCUUCCCAACAAAGCAGCCCGGGAGAAAUCAACACCUUUUCCCAGCCUGAAAGUAUUUGGGCUAAAUUCUCUAAUGGAGAUAAUUACAGAGGCUGGCCCGGGGAGCGGAGAAGGGGCGCGUGCACCCCGAGCACUUGUGGACCAAAAGUCUUCAGUGAUCAAACACAGCCCGACUGUGAAAAGAGAAUCUCCCUCACCCCAGGGUCGGAUCAACAACACAAGUGAGAACCAGCAGUUUUUAAAGGAAGUGGUGCAAAGUGUUCUGGAAGGACAAGGCGUCGGCUGGCUUAACAUGAAAAAGGUUCGCCGACUGCUGGAGAACGAGCAGCUCCGCGUCUUUGUGCUGAGUAAGCUGAACAGAGCCGUCCAGUCGGAGGAAGACGCCAGACAGGAGAUCAUACGUGAUGUGGAGGUGAACAGAAAAGUUUACAAAGGCAUGCUGGACAUCCUGAAGUGCACGGUUUCCAGUCUGGAGCAUUCUUAUACCAAUGCUGGUCUUGGAGGAAUGGCUAGUGUCUUCAGCCUGCUGGAAAUAGCACGCACACAUUAUCAAACCAAAGACCCGGAAAAGCGCAAGCGAAGUCCCACAGACAGUGCUGGCAGCCCGGGGAGUAAAGAGAGUCCUUCUGGUCGUAUGGAGGCAGCCAGACCUCAGGGCCUCCUGAAUAUCCCCCAGCUGCACCUGCCUCACCACACCACGGGCAAAGGAGCCCGCCAUUUUGAUACCCGAAGUCUGAACGAGGAGAACUUUAUUGCCUCGAUUGAAUUGUGGAGCAAGCACCAGGAUAAGCAAAAAGCUAUGGAAAAACAACAGAGGGCUGAAGGGGCAAAGCAGCAGCGCCCGCAGGUGUCUGACGCAGAGGAGAAGAAAUCACAGAUCAGUGCUGAUAGUGGACUCAGUGUUGCAUCUGGUUCUCAGAAGAGUGACACAGAGUCUGUAACAAGUUCAGAGCCGCCGAUCCUCACAAGGAGCACCAGCCAGGACUCGGAGGCCAGCACAGUGAUUAGCAAUAGCUCUGGCGAGACUCUUGGAGCCGACAGUGACCUGAGCAGCACAGCAGGAGAUGGUCUUGGAGGGAGAGCUGCUCCUCAUUUGAAUCAGUCCAGAGGAACUCUGUCUGACAGUGAGAUUGAAACCAAUCCAGCCACAAGCUCAGUCUUUGGAAAAACUCACACUCUUAAACCAGGUGCAAAAGAUCAUUUACCUGCAAUGAUCAAAGGACCUCCUGUUCAACCGAUGGAGGACAUCAGUAUGAGGAUUUAUCUGUUUGAAGGUUUGCUGGGGCGGGAUAAGAGCUCCGUUUGGGAUCAGCUAGAGGAUGCGGCCAUGGAAACCUUUUCUCUAAGUAAGGAGCGCUCCACCCUUUGGGAUCAAGUGCAAUUCUGGGAGGACGCCUUCUUAGAUGCUGUAAUGUUGGAGCGCGAAGGAAUGGGGAUGGACCAGGGACCUCAGGAAAUGAUUGAAAGAUACUUGUCACUUGGAGAGCAUGAUCGCAAGCGUCUGGAGGACGAUGAGGACAGACUCUUGGCCACCCUUCUGCACAACAUGAUUGCUUACAUGCUAAUGAUGAAAGUGAACAAAAAUGACAUCAGGAAGAAAGUGAGACGUUUGAUGGGCAAAUCUCACAUUGGACUCACAUACAGCCAAGAGAUCAACGAGAUACUGGACAAACUGGCCCAUAUGAAUGGUCGUGAGCUGUCCAUCAGGCCCAGUGGAAGUCGUCACAUUAAGAAACAAACAUUUGUUGUUCAUGCUGGCACUGAUACAACAGGAGACAUCUUCUUUAUGGAGGUUUGUGAUGACUGUAUAGUCCUGCGCAGCAACAUCGGUACGGUUUAUGAGCGCUGGUGGUACGAGAAGCUCAUCAAUAUGACGUACUGCCCCAAGACCAAGGUGUUGUGUCUGUGGAGACGUAACGGCCAAGAGACGCAGCUCAACAAGUUUUAUACCAAAAAGUGUCGUGAGCUCUACUACUGUGUCAAAGACAGCAUGGAGAGAGCUGCAGCAAGACAGCAAAGCAUUAAACCAGGCCCGGAGCUUGGCGGUGAAUUCCCCGUCCAGGACAUGAAAACCGGUGAAGGUGGACUGCUUCAGGUUACGCUGGAAGGAAUCAAUCUGAAGUUUAUGCACAGCCAGGAGCGGAAGGUUUUCAUAGAGCUGAGUCACAUUAAAAAGUGCAAUACAGUGAAGGGAGUCUUUGUCCUGGAGGAAUUUGUUCCUGAAACUAAAGAAGUGGUGAUCCACAAGUACAAGACCCCCAUGGCACAUCAGAUCUGUUACUCUGUCCUCUGCCUCUUCUCCUACGUGGCGGCUGUGAAGGGGAAGGAAACGGAAGGAAAACCCAAGCUGCUCUCACCAAGACCCCUUCCCAGCUAGUCAACACCUCCUGCUCCCCUCCCUCUUCUUAACGUCCUUCCUCAUCCUCGGUGUGCCUCUCUACUUGAACUUCAUCUCUCUUUAACCAGACAAUCCCCAAAUUUAAAUCUAAGCACACAAUCCCUGCUCCCCCUCCCUCCUCCUGUAUAAAUAUGAGCCUCUGAUCCUUUAUAGAUCCAGUUGUGUAGACAUGUUUGGUCCUUGAUGUCGUGUAAAUAACUCCAAACAUUCUCCGUUGUUGUCCUGAUGUUCCAAACCCAACUAGUUCCACAUUUGCUUGCUCCUUGGAGUCGGAGAAGCAGUUCAUCAGCUCUGUGUGCAGGCCUCGGCAACGCCAGGUCUGAGCCACAGGCUGCAUGCAGGUCCUGUGCAGCAGCGCAGCUCACCACCUCCUGCCUGCCUCCAUACAGCUCUGUGUUAUUCUGUGACGUGUGAUUACUGUAAAGUUCCAGUUUGUCCAAGUUGAAACUGGUGAAGCAUCCGGGAGACCCUGUUAGAGUGCAGUGACAAAGCAGCUGCAUCCUGCACUAGAGCACCGCAUGUAAACUCUUCUUAAUGGUGUUUGGUCCUAAAAUACUUUCGGUGUUCUCAGAUGUGUUCUCUUGCCCACCAGGCUGAAUAACUGUUCUAGUUCUGCUGUAAAACUUCUCGUCUGUGCUCCUCUGGUAUUAACUGCAUGUUACUAUAAGGAUGAAAAUAAAUAUUAUAUAUAUAUUUCUAUAUAUAGUAUUUAUUUAAUAUAUGCAUUUAGACUGUACAUUUCUCUGGAAAAAAGUUACAAAAUGUUGAUUUGCUUGAUGUGCAAUACUUAAUAAGUAGUUAGCCAUUGCCAGAGUCGGGUUCUCUUGGCUCCCACAGGGUGAAGAAUGUAAGAUGUUUUUUUGUUUGUUUUUUUUUCUAUUGUGUGUUUACUGAAUAUACAGUGUGAUAUGACUUUUCAAAGUGUCCUCUAUGGUUAAUUAUCGGUCAAUCACAAGACAGAAAACUGAACAUUUCAUGGUGGUUUAUCAUUAAAGUUAGAUUCUCUUCCAACUUCAACUGGUAGACAGAACAUCCUCUGCAAGCAGAAAAAUGGGUCUGUAUGUAACAUAUGGGCUGACUGGAGAAGAACGCUUAGGAAAGCCAGCUCUAUCUGCAUUAUUUGAAGGUUAACAUUUUUUAGAGCAGAAAUGAGCUUUUUAAGUUUUGAUUUAUGGACAGAUUUAUGGAUUCACUUAUGAAAAGCAGCAUUUGAGAAGUGCAGCAGCAGUUUAAUAAAUUAAGCAUAAACAAAGUUGAUUUUUUAUUUAAAGUUUAAUAAGCAGUUUUUAUUUCCCCAACUUUCCAUUUUUAGUCGUUUCUUGCUUCAAUUUUCACAUUUCACCUGCUUUAAUAUCAUCUCCAUUAUGCUUGUACUAGGACUAAAACAGAAGAAAAGAUGCAUCACAUUCCUUGGUAGAAAUAGUUUUGAAUCCAACAGAAACUACAAGAUUUUCACAAUGUAUACCAAGCAUGUCCCCAUCUUAUUUUUACUUGGACUUCUUUCAACCAAUAUCUGUUCAUGGACUGAAAAUGGAUGGAUUUCUUACUUUUUCCCUACUUUUCUUAGCAGCAGAAAACUUGGGUACGAAACGAAUGUAUGAAUUUAUGAAGGGUUGAAUUGAUUCAGCCACCCAGGCUUUACUUUAUAUUAAUUAGUUUGAAAACCUCCCAAUUUAAAAAGUACAAAUGAUCAGAUUUUUUGCCAAACAUGAAAUGGUAAAUUUACUGUACAUUUUUUUUUCACCAGGAAGUGAGUUGCUGAAUGUAAAUGUUAAAUUGUGAUGAGCAGCCGGCAGAAAACCUGAGGGGGUUUUGGAUCAUGGAAAUCAAAGUCAAAUCCAGAAUCCAAAACUACAGAUGUAAAGACAGAACAAUGACAGAAAUCCUAAUUUGGUCUCAAAAUGACGUUUGUAAUCAGAUAUUUGUCAUGUGAUCGACCCUGCAGACGUGUUCAAGCCAACAUGUAUAAUCAUGACCGACUCUGUGAGGAGAUUUUGUCUUUAAGUUCUCUUUGUGUUCCAUGACAGUGAAAAACAGGCCCAUUCCACAGUGUGUGUGUGUGUAUAUGAGUGAGUGCAUGUGUGGUCACGUGGCGAACAGUUUCCUGAUCAGCAAUAUAUUGCUACAGUAAUAUCACUGGAAGAGGUUUUAUUUUGAUCCUGACAUGCUUGUAUUUUUAGUAACUUAACUGUGCAAGGUAGAAAUUUCAGGAUGUCAUUGAGAAGAUGAUGUUUCAUCUCCAACUGAUCUGCGAAUUCUGCUUUGGCUACAAAGUUUUUUUUUGUUUGUUUUUUUUUUUUAAAUCUGGAAUAUUACAAUUCAUCUCUGUUAUUGUUCUCACUGGCUGAGAAAGAGAGGGAAACAGUAAGGAGAUGCCAGGUGUAAGCAUUCCAGUUUUUGGAGGUAAAAAAAAAAGGUAUUUAUAGAUUAUGUACAGCUUUGGCAAUAUAAUAAAGUUGUCCUAAAUGAA